AUGAAUAGAGGUAGAGGAGGAUUUAAUAGAGGUGGUAGAACUGGACCAUCCCAAUUUCAACAAGGACCUCCAGAUACUGUUUUGGAAAUGGGUACUUUCAUGCAAGCCUGUGAAGGAGAUAUUGUAUGUCGUUCCAUCAAUCCUAAAAUUCCAUAUUUCAAUGCCCCAAUAUAUUUAGAAAAUAAAACUCAAGUUGGUAAAGUUGAUGAAAUCUUAGGACCUUUAAAUGAAGUUUUCUUCACUAUAAAACCAUCAGAAGGUGUUCAAGCUGUUUCUUUCAAAGAAGGUGACAAAUUUUUCAUUGGACCUGAUAAAUUAUUACCGUUAGAUAGAUUUUUACCAAAACCAAAAUCUGUUGGACCAAAGACCAAGAAACCAAAGAGUGCCGGAGGAUCCAGAGGUGGAUUCGGUGGUAGAGGUGGAUUUGGUGGCCGUGGUGGAGCCAGAGGUGGAUUCGGUGGCCGUGGAGGUGCCAGAGGUGGAUUCGGUGGUGGUAGAGGUGGAUCAAGAGGUGGAUUCGGUGGUGGUCGUGGUGGAUCAAGAGGUGGAUUCGGUGGCCGUGGAGGUUCAAGAGGAGGAUUUGGUGGUUCCAGAGGUGGUAGAUUUUAA